CUCAAUGUCAAAUACAUUAUAAAAGUUAGGGAAAACUAUCAAAUAAGCCCCCUAACUUUUCAAAAAAAUCAAUUAGACCCCUUUACUAAAACUUCACUCAAUUAAACCCUCAAACCCAAUAAAAUAUGGCAAAACCUCUUUUUAACCGGUAACUAAUAAGUUACCCGGUUAUUAUGUACAAGUGGCUACACAUCUCGUUUUUUCAAUUUUUCCAUUUUUAUUUCUUUUUUCCUUUAUUUUUCUUUCCUUUUUUCCUUUCCCUUCAUCUUCUUUCUCGUUCAACUCGUUCCAGGCUUCUAAAAAAUUUCAGCCUUCAAUCCCUUCCUCCAUCUUCUUCUAAUCUUCCACCCACCCUUUCUUCCCACCCUUUCUUCUUUCUUCUGCCACCAGUAGGUCGUCGUCGGCAACGCAGUGUCCGAGCGAAACUUAGGACGCCGGAGAUGCUCAAGUUCCCAUUACGCACCGGUCCGGUCAUCCCCUUUCCGCGAGUCCAUGCCUUGGGAGUCGGAAAACGUUCUCCUUUAAAGCUUCGUUAAGGGAAUACAAGUCGGAGUCGGAGUCGGUGCUCCGUGAGAGCUCCGGCCAGAUUGAUUCCAGAUCCGGCUGCAGAAAAGAGGGGCAGGGAGGAGGACGAAGUGAGUCGUGGAAGUGCGAGCAGAGAACUAGUAGGGGGAAGCAGAGAGUGGGGAAGGAAAGAAGGAAAGAAAUAAAGAAAGAGGGGAGAAGUUGCAGGUGCUAGCGCAGGGAAUAAGGGGAAGAAGGGGAGAAGGAAAGAAAGCCUAGGGAAGAGGAAAGAAAAAGAAAAAACUGACACGUCACACCCCAUACUCAAUUUUACCGGGAAUACCUGCUAAAAAGAGAUUUUGCAAAUUUUUAAUGAGUUUGAGGGCCUGAUUGAGCUGACUUUUAGUUGGAGGGCUUAAUUGAUUUUUUUGAAAAGGUCGGGGGCUUAUUUGAUAGUUUUCCCUAAAAGUUAAGAGUAGCAUUCGAACAUUUGAAAAGUUUGAGCGUUAGACCUAAGACCUUAAGUCCUUAACCCUUAUAUUCUCACUAAUCUUUAAGAUGUUAAAUUGUGAUGUUUAUCCGUAAAUUGAGUUCUAAUGUUUGUUUAAAGUUUCGUUAUUUGUUGUAAUGCUACUAUUUGCUGCUUUAAAAUUUUAUUGUCUGUAGCAUGACUGUAUGAGUAUGUGUAUGACGAUAAAUACUUCGUAUUAUAUAAUUGGC